AUGGCGUCCUCCGAGCCUAAGCUGGGCUUGAAUGCAGACUCGUCGCCGUUUCAGUCCUCGCCUCUUGACGGCACCACGUCACCUCGCUUGUUUUGGCAGAACCGCAACGGCUUCAACACCGAGAACCUCUACGGGGGUGGCAUUGGCAGCACCCCAUCGCCCACACGCCGUUCUUCCAUUGAGCGCCUGCAAAAGGCAUCUCGUGUCAAGAACAGCAGUAUCCUCGCCCAAGAGCAGAAGAACGAGUACGACCCAACAAAGGUCCCCAGAGUAGAGCGGCCCUUGUCCAAGGUCCAAUCGAACUCCUUUGGCGCAUUGGGUAUUACGGGUGUGCUUGAUGGCAGCGACGUGAAGGGCCACCAGCGGAGAGAGAGCAAAACAAACAUCCCUCUUUACGACCCUGCGAAAACGUCCCCGUCUGUUGCUAGCCUUAACUCGCCACCACACGUUCCGGGGCAGCUCUCAUCGAGCGUCCAAUCAGACAAAUCAGACACGCCGGCCGCACUUGCCGCCGACAGCAACCCUUCUAUGGCCAUCAAAGAGUCGUCUUCUCCCAUGAAGUCCUCUCUUUCAAGCCGGUUCAAGAGCAGCUAUAAUGAGCAAGGUGACAUUUCGCUGGAUGCAUCUAUGGGUGACGAUGAACUUCCUCUUGGCCGUUCUCUUCAUCGCCACGGAAAGAGUGUAACAUUCGACGCGGCACCACCGCAAGUCAACGAGUACGAGAUGGCCACGCCUGACCUUUCAUCUGUCGGCAGUCACUCUCGGGAAGGCAGCUACGAGUCACAGGAGGAGGAUGACGACUAUGACGACUAUCGGUAUUCCGCAAAUGACCAUGGCAACCCAGACGACAGCUUUGAUGCGUCUCUGGAGGACACAGACAAGACCCCCGUCGUCGGCCCUGAUGACUGGCGCCAAGACAGCCCUGACAGCCGCCGUGACCACAACGUUUACGAAGGUAGUCCUAUGCCUGACGCUGUUCCAUCUUCUGCUAUGGGACACCAGGAUGCACAAUCUUCUCUGGGCUCCAGCGGUGACCACCGCCCUCUUCCUCCUCUGCCUGGUAUGGGCCAUGCCCGUACAAAUUCCGCCAACUCGCCGAGUUUGUCUGCCACCGCCGACCGAAUGCUGGGUGGCAGUCCCCGUGGGCUGCCGUCGCCGCCGCCUGCAUUGGCUACGAAGUCUGAGAUCCAAAACAUUGGCAACAGCAAGAUGACACUCGAGGAGCGUCUCAAGCUUAUGAUGCUCUCUGAUGAUGGAAAGUCGGCCGCCGAGCUUCAGCGAGAGCGGCGCAUGCGCCGGGCAGGCCCCAAGGAUCGCGCUAACAGCCAGACGCCUGAGCCUGACUCGUCGCAGCGUGAUGGUACUUCUGAGCACGGUGAGGAGGAAGACACAAUUGGAGACCUGUCUGGUCUUGAAGAGUACCGCUUGCCACCUCGCAUCUCCAGGGAAUCAAUCCUUCGUCGCGUUAAUGGCGCCAUAGGCCAGGAGCGCGAGUCUGACUAUAAUUUCUCUUCACCUGCUCCCAGCUCCAGCCCUGAGCGCCGACUUCCUCUGGACCCGGACGUUCCCAUUCCUAGCACGGAGCACGACUAUGAUGAUAACUUUUCCGUCGAUGGCGCGGCCCGUGAAAAGCAUAACGAGGCCUAUGAUAUCCCCGACAUGUAUGAUGACGAUGACGAACAUGAUGAUGCAGAGGAUUACGAGAGCAACUACAGUGAUGAGCAUGCCGAAGAUGUUGCGCAACCUGCAGCUGUCGAUAAUGCCUCGACACCUCGCGCGGCAACACCAGUCCAGGAGAUUACGUCUCACACGGUCACAGUUGAUGACAUCCAUAGGUCCGAUCUUCCGGCUAUCGCACAGGAAGGCCGUAUCUCUCUAGGCGAGACCCGCCAGCCAUUGAUGCCUAAGUCAGACGACGGUAACGCCAAUUCUGGCCACAUGCAUCUCCACAACUCCGAGGUCGAGUCAAUUCGACCGCAGACUCCGGAGCGCAAGACACAUCCUAAGCAUUUGUCGAAACCUGAAUAUGAUGGCUCCGGUUGGGGGGAUGACGAAGAGUUUGACGAACCAGGUACUCCUGAUUCUGUCAUUCACCACCCAGUCCAGGACGAUGACGACGAUAUUUUUGACGACCAGCAAGAACAGGACGAAGAGGUUGAGAUACGCGAGUCGCCGGCCGUUCCCGAACAGAUGGCAACAAUCAAGGCAUCUGGCUCGAAGCUCAAGACGCGGCCAUCUGCAACUCCCUCCGACCUCGUGGCAAUGCGCGAAGCACGCCGCCAAGUCAGUCGCGAAGUACCUGAUGUUCCUCCUAUUCCAGACCGGCAUCGCAACCGCCUGUCCCGCGACAUGGGCACAGGGGAUGUUGAAGAAACUGGAGACGAUUUCCUUGAACGCCAUCCUAGCUUCAAGAAGCGUAGCCUGACCCUUGACCUGGACCUUGGUCUCAGCCUGGACAAAGAUUUUGAGCGCGUGAUCGAAGCUCAGAAGGUCAUUGCUACCCGCCCCCCUUUUCUUUUAUCCGACCUGUCAGGGACUACAGCCUUUUGCACUUCCGUGAGGCAAGCGCCUCAUGAGGAAGUUGAAAGUAACUGUCGUUCUCAGGAUGCCGGUAUCGAAAGCAAUAUUGCAAUUUCUUUUACUGACGUCAUUUUCCGUAAACAGCGCGGCUACCUUAUGCGGCAGAACACUAAGCUCGUCGCCGCCAGCGACAAAGAACAUGUAGACGAGUUCCGGGGUGCCCGAUCUGCCGGCAACUCGCCCAUGAAAAAGGAGCGCCCCCAGUCCUGGACAGUAGAGCCGUGGAACGGCGAGCGGAGAAAGAGCGUCCGCAAACGUGGCGUGCCAUCGUCAGGCCCUGUUCCGCCGAUGCCUGGCCAAGAGAGCAAUGCUACGGCACUGAAUCCUCUGGCAGAAGAAGAGUUUGUCACCGAGACUACCAUCGACGAAGGGGCUGAGAGAGGCCGUCUUUUCGUGAAGGUCAUGGGUGUUAAAGAUCUUGACCUGCCCAUCUCUAGAACGGAGAGAACUUGGUUCAGGCUGACACUGGACAAUGGUGUCCACUGCGUGACUACUGCCUGGUUGGAGCUGGCCAGGAAUGCCCCUAUUGGACAGGAGUUCGAGCUUCUUGUCCCAAAUGACCUCGAAUUCCAGUUGACUCUCAACGUCAAGCUAGAGAAGCCUGUACAGCGUAAGGUCGUUCAGCCAUCGCCUGCUAAGGUUGUUCGUCCCAAGGCAUCUACAUUCAGCCGUGUUUUUGCCUCUCCCAAAAAGCGCAAGGAGAUGGAGCAGCGCAUGAAGGAGGAGGACGAACGCCUUGCUCGUGAGCAUCUUGAGGCGCAAGCGAAGAUCAGAAAUGCACCGCCCACUGCAUACGACCUGCUAUCUCCCAUUGUCGCCGAGGAUGGCAGCUUUGCUCGUUCGUAUGUCUGCCUCAAGGAGCACGAGUCGCGCUGCUACGGACGUCCUGGAAUUGUGGAAGUUGCAUGCUUCAACGAAUGGGCCACCGAAGAAGCUGGUUUCGCUUCCAGCGUCAAGAGCAAGCGCGGUAACAUGGCGGUUGUGCGCCGUGCACCUUACAAGAUUGGCAAACUGGAGCUCCAGCUUCUCUUCGUGCCGCGGCCCAAGGGCGUCUCGAACGACGAUAUGCCUAAGAGUAUGAACUCGUGCAUCCGCGAGAUGAAGGCUGCAGAGGAGCGUCAGUCUCAGAACUGGGAGGGCCACCUUAGUCAGCAGGGCGGUGAUUGCCCGUACUGGCGUCGGCGUUAUUUCAAGCUUGUUGGGACGAAACUGACUGCGUACCAUGAGGCAACGCGGCAACCCCGGGCAACGAUUAACCUCGCCAACGCAAAGAGGCUCAUUGAUGACCGGCGGGCAUUGACCGAGAAGGAGACGACCGGCAAGAACGGUAGACGCCGCCGGUCUGCAUUUGCAGAAGAAGAAGAAGGCUACAUGUUUGUGGAGGAGGGCUUCCGCAUUCGCUUCAACAACGGCGAAGUGAUUGACUUUUAUGCAGACACGGCCGCGGACAAGGAGGGGUGGAUGAAGGUGUUGUCCGAGGUGACGGCACGGGACAGCGUGGGUGGCGAAGACGACCUUACGGCAUCGCGGGCCAAGACCAAGUGGUGCGAGCUGGUUCUUAAGCGGGAAGAGGCGCUUCGGCGUCGGGCUGAGGGCCGGGCCGAGGGCCGCCGGGUCCAUUCUCGGACGAAGAGCAUGCACGUCUAA